CACUUUCGCAGAUACGUAUGCGCGGGCACGUAGUAGUAGUGGCAGCAGCCUGACAGCUCGCGUCACUACCAGCACCUGUGCUGCAGACCUGUAGAGCCGAACAAACCCGAGCAGACCCGUCCGUCCUCCGCUCCUGUGGACCACCAGCACCGAAUCGUCGCUAUGACUCUGCCCACUGUGUCCCGGCUACUGAGGGGCGCCCUGAGGACUCAGGUGCUCCCGGUGGCUAAUUUGACGUCCAAGCCUGCCAAACACAGCAUCAGUGCAGGGGAGCAGGCGAUAGCUAUGACAGUCCUGUUUGUGACCAUCCUGGGUCCCUCUGGCUGGGUACUGGCUCACCUGGAGGACUACAAGAAGAAGCAGUAAAAGAAGAAGACGAUAGGAAGCUCAGAGUAUCAAUGCAGCCCAGAUGAUUAAACCACAGGGCCAGCCAACCCGCUCACUUUCCUUUGUUUUGGCAACUGAUGAGACAAGAUGGCAGUUUUUUCUUUCUAAGUUGUUUGUGUUCCACUGACCAGUGUUCAUGCCCACUGGGCUCUUAUUAACCUCUUAAAAUAAAUACAUGUUCAGUGUAAAGAAAA